GUCAAAUGUGAAAUUUCAUUUAACUUGUGAUAUUUACAAUUUCAAAGAAAUUUGACUCAAUUGGGAUAGCGGAGUUGAUACCACCGAAAACAUUUUUUUGCCGGGUUUUUCCUUACACAAGUUUCGGAAGUUUAAAUUAAAUUUUCUGUGUUCUAACAACUCGGACCUUACAAAUCCCGAUCUUAUGCAAAAAUAUAUUAUAAACAAUGGAUAACAACCCAUUAACAGACUUAUCAGAUUUUAACAAAAAAAUACUUUCACAUCCUCUCUAUUUACAGAUUAGAGAAGGCAGGGUGUACACUUUUAAUGAAGCAAAUGAAUUCAAAAAACUGUAUAUAGAAGUAUUAGAGAAACUGAGCGAUGUGUUAUAUGUUUUAAUCAACAAAUUACCUGAUUAUGAAAGAAAAAGCUACACUUCAAUUUUUACUGUGAAAGAGAAACUCCGAAAUAUUUCAGCACAAGAAAAUGUUGAUUUUAAUGACAAGUUAUCACCUGAGAGUCGGAACAUUUUGGACUGUAUAGAUGAUAUGACACUCGCACCUAGAAAUAUAACAGAAAAUAAGGAGAAUGUGCAGAACAAUAGUGAUGUGCAAGUUCAGACGACUAUAUUACCCGAUUCACUAAACCAUGAGCAGAAAAUCAAUAAAAACUGUACUGAAUCAUAUAAUUCGGGUAAUGGACGGAAACGAAGCUUCGUUUUCAAACUACCCUCACAUCCCGGCGUUUUCAAAACACGUUGUUAUUCGUUAGAAUUGCAUAAUAAUCAUAAUUUUCAAACAGAUGAUAUCGAUGGAACCAACACUAUAGACUACCAGACUGAGACAACCAGACACAUUGAGACUGAAGCUUUAAAUGAAUCGAAAGAUUUAAACACCACCACCAUUAACCAAGCCAACCCAGAGUCCAGAGUAAAUAAUCCUAACAAUAGAUGUGACAAUUCAGAUAUAGAUUUCGAUCACUUUGAAGAAUUUGAGGACAUUAAUUUCCAAGACGAUUGGUCUGAUCAUUUCAAAGAACCCUUGGAAAUAGGAGAUAGUAGUUUGUCGAACAAUGAAGAUUCAAAUACAACAAUUAAUGUAAACUAUGAAGAUUCUAUUGUAACAUCCAAGCAACCUUUGCCUGUACCAGGAAAUAUUCAUAGCAACAGUAUAGGGGACUUUGGUAAUACUAGAAAUGAUGGAGUCACAGGUGAAUUUGACGGUGAUGAUUAUCCGCACUCGAUCCCUAUGAUGGAGACUUUGAAAGAGAAAUUUGGUCUCACAUCUUUCAGACCAAAUCAGAAGCAAGUCAUUAACGCAACGCUUUUAGGCCACGACUGUUUUGUUCUCAUGCCGACCGGCGGGGGAAAAUCACUAUGCUACCAGCUACCAGCGAUACUGACCCCUGGCGUCACCAUCGUGAUAUCACCACUGAGAUCAUUGAUGUUGGAUCAAGUCAACAAGUUAUUAGCGCUGGAUAUUCCGGCCGCACAUUUAGGCAGUGACGUCACUGAGGCGAAGAGCAAUUACGUGUAUGACGAUCUCAACCAACAGGAACCCACUAUCAAGCUCCUCUACGUCACACCCGAAAAAAUACAAUCGUCCCCAAAAUUUCAAGAAACUUUAACGAGACUCUACGAGAAGCAAAAGAUUUCCAGGUUCGUGAUCGACGAAGCUCACUGUGUGUCGCAAUGGGGUCACGACUUCCGUCCGGAUUAUCAAAAGUUGAAUUUACUAAGGAAAAAGUUCCCUAAUGUGACGCUAAUGGCAUUAACUGCGACGGCCACGAAGCGAGUGCGCACCGACAUAUUGUAUCAGCUGAAGGUGCGUGAAUGCAAAUGGUUCCUGAGCAGUUUCAACCGUCCAAAUCUCACGUACACGAUUUUAACGAAGAAACAGAAUCUGAUAAAUAAAGAUAUAGCUGAAUUGAUCAAGACGAAAUAUUAUCAACAGUGCGGUAUCGUGUAUUGCCUGUCGUGCAAGGACUGCGACAGCAUGGCUAACGCUUUAAAAGAGAUGAAAGUAUCGUCUAAGGCGUACCACGGAAAACUCGUAGACGCCGAGAGAGUCAACGUACAGACGCAGUGGCUCGCAGGAACCAUUAAAGUGAUCUGUGCAACGCUUGCUUUCGGAAUGGGCGUGGACAAAGGCGACGUCAGAUUCGUCAUCCACCACAGUGUACCGAAGUCUAUAGAAGCAUACUACCAAGAGACGGGUCGGGCUGGGCGGGACGGCAAACCGGCUGAUUGUAUCUUAUUCUACUGUUACAGAGACAUUGUGCGCCAACGCAACCUCUAUUAUCGUGAUAGAAGUUUGACGGAGAACUCGAAGAACGUCCACGAUGAUAACCUUACACGUAUCAAUGAGCUGUGUGAGGACGUGCUUGAAUGUCGACGGACCUUCGUACUGAGAUACUUGGGGGAGACAUUCCAAAGCGACAACUGCGGUCCCAUGCUCUGCGACAACUGUCAACGAAGACCGACAAACGAGUUUAUACGGCAGGACGUGACGGACGUGUGUCGGGAGAUCGUCACCUUCGUCGGCAGUCGUGAAGGAGCCUUCACUAGAGUACAACUAGCAAAUAUACUAAAUGGAUCCACAGCGAAGAAGUUCAAUGAUAUGAUUAACAGCCCUAUAUUUGGAAGAUGCAAUCAGUGGGGGAAGGGUGACGCGGUCCGGCUGUUACAACUCUUGCUAAUGAAGAAAUUCCUCGCUGAGAAAACCCGUGUGAACAAGGACAUUGCCAAUAAUUACCUAAUUCGUGGAGCUGAUGUAUAUAAGCUGUCGUCGAAGUCUGAGCCGAUUAUAUUCUACAAGCGCCCGCACACUACUAAGAAGCCGGCGACAGCUGUAGCAGCGCCGCUCGUACAAGACGUUGACCAACAAAUUAAACAAGUCGAGGAUAAGGCUUACGAAGAGCUCGUUGAGGAAAUAAAGAACAUAGCAAAGGAGUCAGACGUGGCGCUUUGGACGCUGUACCCACAGAUGGCGCUACGUUAUAUGGCGGAGAAGCUACCGGAAACGGUGGAGGAAAUGCUCAAGAUACCUCACGUUACCAACGCCAACUAUAAUAAGUAUGGCUUCCGGUUGCUACCCAUCACCCUCAAGUACUCCAUGGAGAGGCUUAAACUCGAAAUGACUUUGCAAGACCAGGAAAUUAGCGAAGCCUUCGACGACGAGGAGCCCUCCGCGGGACCCUCCACGGUCAGCCCUCGAGUGUCCUUCAGACAUAAUAGGAGCUACCGAUCAAGAAAAUCGAAAUCUACCAGAGCUGGUGUGAAAAAACCAUAUAAAAAAGACAAUAAAGCGUUCAAGAAGUUCAAAAAAGGUGCAACAGGAACAAUGCCCCGGCCGGGGACAUUUUUAUAAAGAAGCAAAAUUAAUUACUAUGGUGUGGUGAUUAUCAAAUUAUCCUAUAGGCUUAAGUGUAAGAAAUAAUAAAAGGAUUAAAUUGUUAUAUAAUAUUAAAAAAAAAUAUCGUAAUUUUCAUCGUUCUAAAGCUACACCAAAUAUAAAUUAGUGAAAAAUGUUCAUUAGUUAUAUAUUAGUUACUGUAUAUUGUUAUGUAUUUGCUUUAACGUGCCUGAAAACUGGCCAACGAAAGCAGAUAAAUUAUGUAAAUAUGUUAGUCAUUAAUUGUACUAUAUGUUUGAUACUGGAGCAGUGCACGACAAAUAGCUGCACUUUAAUCUUAUAUAAUAGUUGUUAUAAUAUUGGUUUUUAGUAAAUAAAAAAUAUAUUAUUUUAAUAAAAAGAUACAAAUACGUUGCCGUCGCCAUAGAACCGUGAAUGUCCACUGACUAUAAACAUCAUAUAAAUUAAUGAGAUCAAAGAUUUUCUCGAGUUUUAUUCAAAUGAAACUAAUAUUUUUCGGAUAAACUAGGCGUGAUUUAUUUUUGUAAAAAACUACAUACUCCCGAAGUUUCGGUUACUUUUCAGCAACCGUGAUCACGGGCAGACGAGAUGCGAGUGUCUAUCAGUUGGUCCUGUUAUUUAUCAUCUCCGAUACAGUUUAACGGUUGCUGAAAAGUAACCGAAAGAUCGGGAGUAUGUAGUUUUUUACAAAAUUAAAUCACGCGUAGUUUAUCCGAAAAAUAUUAGUUUCAUUUAAAUGAACAUUUGUUUUCUUCAACCUUUAUUGUUAUAUAAUGUAAAUGUAUCCUUAUUUUUGUACCAUGGAUUUGUAUAUAAUAAAAACGAAUUUAAUUAAAA